AUGAAUGGCUAUGACAGCGCUCUGUUGGGAUCCAUAAACGCACUGCCAAAUUACACACAGUAUUUCGGACUUCCCGCAAAUGGCAACGCGAGCACCGGCAUAGUCUUCGCCAUCUUCCAGGUCGGUCAGAUGUGUGGCGCCCUUUUCAUCUGGAUGGCAGACUGGUAUGGCCGGACAUGGCACAUCUUCUUCGGCUGUCUAGGCGUCUGCAUAGGAGCGAUCAUAACGGCAUUAUCCACCAGCCUGCCCAUGUUCAUCGGUGGUCGAUUCAUAUUAUCGUUCUUCGCCACCUGUGCUCACACGUCGGCGCCUCUUUACCUGGUUGAGCUGGCACCUGCGACGUACCGGGGGACAAUUGCAGGCCUCUACAACACCUUCUACAAUGUGGGUUCGAUAUUGGCAACGUCGGCAGUGUAUUCCUGCCAUCGAUACCUUAGUGAAAAAGGCGACCUGGACUGGCGAAUCCCGCUAUGGUUGCAAAUGGUCUGUCCUGGACUCGUGUGUGUCUUCAUCAAGUUCUUCCCUGAGUCGCCUCGCUGGCUUGUCGCCCAGGACCGCCAUGAUGAGGCUAAGACUAUCAUCGCGACCUAUCACACCAACGGCGACCAGAACCACCCACUGGUAGUAUUACAGAUGAAGGAGAUGAUCAGCUCAGUUAAACCAACCAAUGUGGCAUGUUGGAAAGACCUCUUCGAUCUUAGAGUUCUGGUCGACAGUCGAUCCAGCCGUUACAGACUGAUGCUCAACGUAGCGUUCUCCUGGUUUGGGCAGUUCAGCGGUAACAAUAUCAUCUCUUACUACCUUCCCAUAAUGCUUUCGGGUGUUGGAAUAACCGAUACCAGCACUAAACUGGUGUUAAACAUUGUUUACUCUGUCGUAGGCUGGGUCUUCUCAACAGUCGGCUCGCGCCUUCACGACGUCAUCGGACGCCGCAAGAUGCUUAUCACCACAACCUCCGGCAUGACCGUCUGCCUAGCCAUUGUUGCAGGUUGCUCGGCUGGCUACACCGACUACGGCAACACGACUGCGUCGACCGUCAGCAUCGUCUUCAUCUUCGUCUUCGGCGCCGUAUUCGCCACGGGCUUCACGCCGAUGCAGCCAAUCUACCCGGCCGAGGUCGUGAGCAACAAAAUGCGUGCCAAGGCGAUGGGCACGUUCAAGCUCACAGCCGGUGCGGCUGGAUUCUUGAACACUUUUGUUGGGCCAAUUGCGCUGUCAAAUAUUGGCUAUUGGUUUUAUGUGUUCUUCGUGGUGUGGGACAGCUUCGAGGUCUUGUUCAUGUACUUCUUUUUUGUUGAGACUAGAGGUUUUACACUGGAGGAGUUGGAUGAAGUGUUUGAGGCCGGAAACCCUCGUAAAGCGUCGGUUCAGGCUAAAAAGAGACAGCACCAAAUCAUGAGGAGGUCGGGCUAG